AUGGCCAAGCGCACCAAGAAGGUCGGUAUUGUCGGAAAAUACGGCACCCGCUAUGGUGCGUCUUUACGAGAGAUGAGAGAGAACAUGGCCGCAGUACUACAGAAGAAACGGCGAACAGAAGCUGAGCGCAGAAACGAAGUGGCUCCAGAGGUGAAUACAAAAAGUAUCGUAAAGCAAAUCGCCAUUGUUGAUCCGCGGACAAAAGAGCUUAUGACAAAUCCAACGUACGAUCAACUUUUUCAACCGGAGGCCGGGCCAAGUAAUCCAUUUAAAUCAGAGAACCAGAAAGCGCCUAAAAAUACUCUUACCGGUUUUGUGGAGCCUGCCCAUAUCAACGAUUUCCAUUUUACACGCGAACUGCGCAGUUUUGAUACUUUGGGAUAUGCGCGCAAUCCUACAGCUGAUCAGAGCAGUGAGUUCAUUGGAAACAAGGAGGAGGCCAUCAACAGUCAGGAAGCGUCAUUGUUUGAUUCGAAGAAAACUGGAGGCGAAAAACGAAAACGGCUAGCGAAUUUCGAUCCAUCAGAUGUGGAAGGCUAUACAGGACCAUGGGCAAAAUAUUGUGAUGAAAAAACCAUAGCCAAACCGGAUCCAGAAUUGCAGAAAGAAAUGGAUGAGAUUGUUCGAAAGCGCCAAGCAAAUAGCCGACGGUUCAAACGAAAGCAACAAACGCAAAAUGAUGAAUGCGCUGAAGAAUCUUCAGUACUUCACUUGAAAGAAGCUCAGGAUUACCAAGGACGUUCUUUCCUUGUACCACCUGCGUUUACUGGAGUCAACUUGCGAGCAGAUUAUGUGCCAGAAAAAUGUUUCAUUCCUAAGAAACAAGUUCAUGUGUACAGAGGGCACACCAAAGGAGUCAACUGCCUUCAGUGGUUCCCCAAGAGUGCGCAUCUAUUUCUGUCUUGCUCUAUGGAUACUAAGAUCAAACUUUGGGAAGUUUAUGGAAAACAUCAAGUUGUGCGGACGUAUAUUGGUCAUAAAUUACCAGUACGCGAAGUUGUUUUCAACAACGACGGCACAGAAUUUCUGUCUGCUAGUUUCGAUAGAUACAUCAAACUUUGGGACACAGAAACUGGACAAGUCAAACAGCGCUUCCAUACUGGUCACAUACCUUUUUGCGUCAAAUUCCAUCCUGAUGACGAUAAAAACCACAUGUUCCUCGCUGGUAUGCAAAACAAAAAGAUUAUACAAUGGGAUUCACGAACUGGAGAAAUUGUGCAGGAGUACGAUCGUCACUUGGGCGCCGUUAAUUCCAUCACAUUCUUUGACAAAAACAGACGCUUUGCGUCGACUUCGGACGACAAGUCAAUUCGAAUUUGGGAAUGGGAAAUCCCAGUCGAUACCAAACUAAUACAAAACGUUGGUCUUCACUCUAUACCGACUAUGAACAAAAGUCCGAAUGAAAAGUGGGUGGUUGGCCAGUCUAUGGAUAACCGUAUCGUGCUGUUCCAACUGAUAGACGAGAAACUGCGAUUCGCUAAGAAGAAAGCCUUCAGAGGUCACAAUUCCGCAGGAUAUGCAUGUGUAACAGAUUUCAGUCCAGAUAUGAGUUUCAUAAUAAGUGGAGAUGCUGACGGGAAGCUUUUCAUUUGGGACUGGAGAACGCACAAAAUUGUUGCAAGAUGGAAGGCUCAUGACAGUACCUGCAUCUCUGCUCGGUGGCACCCACAUGAAAAGAGUAAAAUACUUACAGGUGGAUGGGAUAAUGUCAUAAAAAUGUGGGCGUAAUUUUUUGCAGCAUUGAUCUUAUAGCCUUCACUUUUGUUUCAACUCAUCCAAGUACCUCCUUUUUUAUUUUAUGUUGUCGGGUAAAACUGCGACAGUUUCAUAGUAUGUAUAUCAAUAUCUAUAGAGGUUUCACUACUAAUUUUAUUCAUUUCGUGUUGUAAUGGUGCAUUUGUUGAUUGUUGUGAAAGAUUAUCG